CCAUCAACUGAUCCAACGACAAAAUCUCAAACUUGGAACCAAAAAGACAAUUCAAUCUAUCUCUUCGAUAGUCUUUUGCUGCUUUGGUAAAGAGAUUCUCAUAUCUGUUGGAACUCUAUUAAUUUGUCUCCUUGACACCUCUCUCUGGAUCCUUACUAUGUAUAUGUAAUUAGCUGCUUGUAGAGACUCUUGAUUUUUCAAAGCUAAGCUCUCAUGCAUGGGUUCUGUAAUAAGCUUGAGCUGUUCCAAGAAGAAAUCAACUACUCAGGACAAGGACUUCUCAAACAAAACUUUCAAAAUAUCAAAGACAUGUUCAUUGAACGAUCAAGAUUCAUACUACAGAUUGUUUCCAAAUCUUCCUGAUGAGUUAUCUAUACAAAUUCUUGCUAGGCUCCCAAGAAUCUGCUAUUCGAAUGUUCGGUUAGUUUCACGGAGGUGGAGAUCAGCUGUAUCUACCUCUGAGCUGUUUACUCUAAGGAAACAGCUUGGUAAGACAGAGGAAUGGCUCUAUGUGCUGACUAAAGGCCAAGAUGAUAACCUUUCGUGGUACGCUUUAGAUCCAGUGUCUACAAGAUGGCAGAGACUGCCUCCAUUGCCUGUUAUUGUUUACGAAGAGGAAUCUACUACAAGUAACAAACUCGUUGAGAUAGCGACGAGCUUGCUCGGUAGAAAAGAGGUCUCUGAGCCCGAGGAAACGCCCUUCUGUGGAUGUGCUAUUGGUUCCAUCGAUGGGUGUCUCUAUGUUCUUGGAGGGCUCUCUAGGUCUAAAACCGUGAGCUCGGUUUGGCGGUUUGACCCGGUUCUUAACUCCUGGAGUGAAGUGAGUUCCAUGUUGGCGAACCGUGCUAAUUCCAAAAUAGGAGUGUUGGACAAGAAGCUUUAUGUUGUUGGAGGUGUUGAGAGUCGACGUGGAAGAUUAUAUCCGCUUCAGACAGCUGAGGUUUACGAUCCAGAGACCGAUGUUUGGUCAGAGGUUCCGGACAUGCCUUUCUCAAAGGCGCAACUGUUGCCUAGCGACGAGUUCUUGGCUGACAUGUUGAAGCCUAUAGCCACGGGGAUGACUUGUUACAACGGUAGGUUAUGCGUUACUCAGAGUUUAUACUCUUGUCCUUUCUUUUAUGAUGCUGGAGGAAAUGUUUACGAUCCGGAGACGAAUCUCUGGGGUGAUAUGCCGUCUGGUAUGGGUAAAGGUUGGCCUGCAAGGCAAGCGGGUACGAAGCUGAGUGUUGUGGUGGGUGCUGAGUUAUAUGGUUUUGAUCCUUCUUCUUCUUCGGUGGAGGAUGGGAGAGUUAAGGUUUAUGAUCAAGAGGAAGAUACUUGGAAAGUUGUUAUUGGUGAAGUCCCUGUUUAUGAUGAGACAGAUUCAAAAUCUUCUUAUUUGUUUGCUGGGUUUCAUGGGAAGCUUCAUUUUAUUACUAGAGAUUCUAACUGUAACGUUACAGUAUUAAGGGCCGAUGUUAAUGAGAUCCCAGGCUCUUCAUUAUCGUCUAUCUCCAAGCCUGUUUUGGGUGCAUGCUCUUUGAAGGAAAAGGACAAUGUAGAUAACAAGUCAGACAGUGAUAUUUGGAAAGUCAUUGCAAGCAAGGACUUAGGUGCUGCUGAACUUUUUAGCUGCCAAGUUAUAGAUAUAUGAAAACCAAGAAUCUUUGCUCAUUUAUUGUGGGACAUUAAGAGUUUCUGUGUACAGCCAAAAUCAACAGUUUGAAGCUUUGUGAUAUGUUCUUCCAAAGAUUAUCUUAGUCUAAUUCUUUGAUGGUCCUGAUUCUAUAUACUUCUCCUGGCUUUGGCUGGCAUGUAAGCUUGAACAAUAAGAUGUUAUGUAACAAUAUAUAGUUGGUGUUAGGUCAAAUUAUGUGAUUCA